UAAAAGGUAAAAACAGUUGACUAAUUUCAACUGGCAACAUGAACUAUUAAAAAGUAUUAAGAUCAAACAAAGACUGCAAUUGACGAAUCAAGAUCAGCAAGUUGCCAAAUAUGUUGCCCACCAAAUCAGAUUCUCGACGGCGCCUCAAUGCCACUGGGGCUACAGCUGGCGACUACCAUAAAGUAUCCGAGGAUGCAACCGAAACCGAUGGAUUUGUAAAUGAGCAAUGGGUAACUCCAAACGUCGAGGAAUCUACUCCCUGGAAGACAAUUGCAAUCAUACUUACAUUAUUCAUUGGCGGAACGAUUUGCCUUGGUUGUGCUACGUUGGAUUGGUUGGCGGACGUGAAUCAGGAUCGUACCGAUCGCGUCUGGGCCCUGAUAGUAAUUGGAGCGUUGACUAUUAUACCAGGCGGAUAUUACUUCUAUGUUCUUUCAUGUAUUUUACUGCGACGAAAGGGAUAUUCAAUGGACGACAUUCGUCGCUUGGGUUAAGACAAUCGAUUUUUAUAUUUAGUAUACAAUUUAUGUAUUUUUAUUGCAAUUUUAUUUCGUGUCCACGCUUAAUCAUUUUAAUGGCAUGUUUUAUUUUUGUAUGUUUUUUCUGAGAAUUGCAGACAGAACUCAGCAUUUAUUGUAUAAAAAUAUUGUAAAUAUAUAUGUAUCAUAUAUGU